AUGGCUCCGUGGGUGCUGGCUUUGCUUUGGCUUCUGCUGUUCCAGUGCAGUUUUGCAGUCGAAAAGUUGUCAGACCCUUUUGUUGAUCUGAUAGCAAGUGUCAUCGAUCAGUACUACAGCCAACGUCAGGUUCCCCUACUAAUACAAAGUAACAACGAAAGCGUAGUGAAUGAAGUGAUCGGUCAGCUGAAAUACUCCAGAUUGAUUCAGAUUGAUUCCAACCUCACUGGGUACCAGUCAUGGAGAUACGUGCUGGCCUUCGUUGAAAACUACUCCGAAUUCCUGCGGAAUGCAGAGCGUUACUCAACUCCGCAGUUCAACCACUUCGGCUACUACACAAUCGCCUAUCAGCAGAUUAACAAAUCAGAAAUUGAAUCCACAUUCCUAACCUUCUGGCAGCUAAGAAUCACCAAAGCAGUGCUAAUUGUUUCCAACGGAAACCGGUCUCCGCUACUCUACAGCUACACACCGUACGCACGGAACAAAUGCGGAACCCCUUCGAUCCGCAAUUUUCAACCGUCCAACCGAUCGCAACUGUUCCAGCACCAUCUCACCAACUUCCACGACUGUCCCCUUCGUUUCGGAACCUUCGAGUCACUUCCCUUCAUCCACUUCGUCGAACCAACUCCCAAUCACUCUACCGUAGCGGGUUUCGAGGGUGAUCUCGUCAGUACAAUCGCCAGCAAGCUGCACUUUAGCCUCCAAAGCGUCAUACCACCGGACGGUGCCCAAUGGGGUGUUGCUCGACCCAAUGGAAGCACCGGUUUGAUGAGGAUCAUACAGGACGAAAGUGUUCACUUUGGGGCCGGCUGUCUGGGGUUGAUUGCCGAUCGCAACGAAAUUCUGCAGCCUGGUCUUGCGCACUACGCGUCCCAUGUGGUGUUUGCCGUACCGGACGGUCACCCGUACACGGCAUUCGAGAAACUGUUUCGACCGUACGACAGGAGCUCGUGGUUGGCCAUAGGAGUCACCGUAACCACAGCUGGUACUACGAUUUUCCUAUUGAGGUUGGCUUCGCGAAACACUCGGCAGUUCAUCUAUGGAGCGGACAAUCGAACACCUUUUUACAACACAAUCAGCAUAUUUUUAAUCGGCAGUAUCAGCCGGAUGCCAACGCGUAACUUCGCUCGGACGCUACUGCUUUUGUGGAUGAUACAUUGCCUUGUAAUACGAACUGUUUACCAAGGUUCCCUGUACAACUAUCUGCGCAGCGACUCAAACCAUGAUCCCGUUGAUACCGUCAAGGAGAUCGAACGUUCGGAUUUACACUACCACAUGCUUCAGAUCUCCGAGCGAUUCUUCCAGAAUAACACGCGCAUUUUAAACCGCGUCCGGCGUAUCCCACAGGGAAACGACAGUCUCAAUGCAGCGUUGGAUCAAAUAUCUACCAAACAGCUGCGUGACGGUGUCGCGAUGGUCACUACGGAGCACGUCGCCUUCCACAACAAACACCGGCUGGAUAAGGGAUUCGUGCGAAGUACCCGGGAUUACGUAGUUUCCCUGCCGAUAGUGAUCUACUACCCGAAGCGGUCGGUUCUAGUGCCGGAGUUCAACCGAAUUAUCGGACAGGUUCAAACCGCAGGUUUGAUGUACUACUGGGUUCGACAAUACGGCAACUAUGACUUUUUCCCUAAGGAAAUCCGGGACCCUCGGCCGCUCCCGAUGAACAUCCGACAGUUGAGCGGAUGCUACCAAGUGUGUUCCGUUCUUUGGGCGGUGAGCUUCGGGAUGUUUUUGCUGGAAAUUUGCUCCCUGAAAUGGCGACGCUUGCGAAGCGUGUUGGAUUUUCUUUCCGAGUAG